AAAAACUGCAUAUCAACACAAGUUAUGAUAGUAUUGAUAUUAAUAAUAAUAGCAAUUUUAAUGGCUGUUAUUGUGGUACUGGUGAUAAUAUUUUGCUGCUACAAGUGUUAUUAUAGAAAUAGGAUUUUUCGAUAUCAACUCCGGAAUGAAGAAGAGCCAAAUCAAAUUGGCUUAACUGAAAUUCAACCUUCAACUCAAACAGCUGGAAUUGGCACUCAAAUUCAACCUUCAAUUCAAACAGCUGAAAUUGGUACUCAAAUUCAACCUUCAAUUCAAACAGCUGAAAUUGGUACUCAAAUUCAACCUUCAAUUCAAACAGCUGAAAUUGGUACUCAAAUUCAACCUUCAAUUCAAACAGCUGAAAUUGGUACUCAAAUUCAACCUUCAAUUCAAAAAAGUGAUUUAAAGCAAGAUGAUGCUAUGGAAUAUAAGCAAGCACAAGCUCCAGUAUCUGAAAAAGGCAAACAUACACUAUCAACUACUGGGGAAGUAACAACAUAUGAAACAAAUAUAGACUCGCUAAGUGAUCCUUCUCUAUUAGCUGUAAAGUCAAUUUUGUUGGAUCAUAAUAUUGAAGAUGAAUUUGAAGAAGACACGGUUUACUUAACUGAGGCUAAAACUGUAGUAGUCUUAAUUGAUAGCAGUCAUGCUAAUAAGUAUUCAGAAGCUGAUAUUUCAUCUGAUGAUGUGAGCACUCAAGUAAUUACUGGCCUUGAUUCAAAAACUUCUUACAAUUCUAACAACAAAAAAGAAGAUGAACCUUAAUUUUUGAAGCCAAAAUGCAUGCAUGGCAUAUUUAUAAAAUUAAAG